UGACUGGCGUCACUCCCAUCUAUUUAGCUCACGAGCCAUGCAUACUGCCCCUGCGCCCGUUUCGCCGUAUUCCCCAGGCUGUAUAUAUACUACUAACCACCACCGUCCGCCCUGAUCCCAUACCAGGAACAAUUUCUACAUCAUGACCGACCCCGUGCUGAACGACAUCUCCCACAGGCGCUUCAACAUCCUACGAGGAAGCUGGAUACUAGUUUCUCCGCACCGCACAAAGCGACCAUGGCAAGGCAUGCAGGAGUCUCCGUCCAAGACGACCCUCCCAGAAUAUGACCCAGAGUGCUAUCUGUGCCCCUCAAACACGCGGGCAAAUGGCGAACACAACCCCAAAUUCGACAAAACUUUUGUCUUUGUCAACGACUACAGUGCCGUCAUGGAAGAGCAGCAAGAGUAUGACCCCAGUAGCAAGGACGGAUCGCUCGCUUCUAGAUUACUCCGCGCCGAGGCCGUUACUGGAAAGUGCUAUGUUAUCUGCUUUUCCCCUUCUCAUAAUCUCACUCUUGCCGAUAUGUCGCCGGCGCAGAUCGUUCCUAUAAUAGAGACCUGGACGAACAUCUACGUUGCACAUCUGGAUCCCAAGUCGCCACUGGCCAAGCUUGCAUCCGCUACUACUCUCCCGCCCCUAUCACAGGGCACUCUUGCAGUUCCGAAUGCUCAGUAUCGGUACAUGCAGAUUUUCGAGAACAAAGGCACAGCAAUGGGCUGCUCAAAUCCCCACCCGCACGGACAGGUCUGGACUACCACGUCCCUACCAGAAGAGCCUGCGUUGGAACUUGUACAGCUGAGUAAAUACCGCAAAGAGCAAGGAGGCGCUCACAUGCUCGUUGAUUAUGCCGAGUUGGAAUCGAAAGAGAAGACCCGUACUGUUUUUGAGAACGAGAGCUUCUGGGCGGGUGUGCCUUACUGGGCAGUGUGGCCGUUUGAGAUCAUGGUCGUUCCUAAGCAGCACAAGCGGUCGCUGGUCGACUUUACCAAAGACGAGCGAGCACAGCUGGCAGAGUGUAUAGCAGAGAUUACGAGGCGCUACGACAACCUCUUUGAGACUCAGUUCCCUUACAGCAUGGGUCUUCACCAGGCUCCUCUCAGUGGCACAGCUGAUGAGAUUGAGUCCAGCCAUUUCCACAUCCACUUCUACCCUCCGCUCCUGCGAAGUGCCACAGUCCGCAAAUUCCAAGUUGGCUACGAGAUGAUGGCCGAGCCUCAGCGUGACAUCACCCCAGAGCAGGCUGCAGAGCGUCUUAGGGCAUGUGAUGGAGAGCUUUACCGGAAGAAGCUCGAAUCGGCCCCAGCCACCAACGGCGUAAAUGGCGUAAACGGCGUGAACGGUGUCAAUGGUGUUAACGGUGUCAACGGCGUGCACUAGAAUAUCAUUUGCUAACUUAUUCACUUUGCGUAAGAAGUUUCACAUGCACAUAAGCAGUUGAGGAACUCUUAGCCUGGUAGCUCAUACGCUCACUGCACGCAUAUUAGAGACGGCGGGAGAGGUGAUACCCAAGAAGAAAGCGAUAAACGAUACAUGAUAAACGUUGAGGGCUGUAUAUAGCGGGGCGCUGCAACGGCGUUUACAGGAAGACAGUACAUUUCAUAGGUUUUCAAUACAAAUUCAUGC